CUGUUGGAUGAGACACGAAACUCACACAGAGGCAGACAAGAAAAGAGAGCGGUGGAAGAAUUGGAAUUGAAGCGAGUGCUGAUUAAUUAAUUGAAUCUGAGCAGUCUACGAAACACAACACGAGAAGAUGUCGAAGUUUCUGGGCGUGCCCCUGAAGAAGCCGUCGGAGGUGGACGUGGUCAAGCCGCUGAACAAUCUCAUCCAGAGCACCUACAACGGGGCCACGGAGGAGGAGAAGGCCAAGUACGCCGAAGCCGUAAAUGAGUUUUCGAAACAACGCAAUACGGCCAUUUGGAAGUUCUUCGAGAAGUACGAGGCCUCGUUGGAAAUUGUUUAUGCAUAUUAUGACCAGAUUUGUGCCCUGGAGACAAAGAUUGCGGCUAGCGAGCUCCAGAUACCCUUCAAGUGGAAAGAUGCUUUCGACAAGGGCUCUAUUUUCGGUGGAAAAAUCAGCCUUACUCACACAUCCCUCCUGUAUGAGAAGGUCUGCGUGCUCUUUAAUAUUGCUGCCUUGCAAAGCAGUAUUGCCGCAAGCCAGCAGUUGGACACGGAUGAGGGUCUUAAGUUGGCCAUCAAACUCUUGCAGCAGAGCGCCGGUAUAUUCCAGUAUCUGAAGGGUGCCACCCCAGCAGCUGUUCCAUCCGAGCCCACGCCUGAUAUUAGCCAGGACACGCUAGUCGUUCUGCAGGCUCUGAUGGUAGCCCAAGCUCAGGAGGUGUUUAUUCUAAAGGCCAUUAAAGAUAACAUGAAGGAGCAGAUAAUAGCCAAGCUGUGCUGCCAAGGCGAGGAGUUUUACGCCGAUGUGCUGCGUGCCAUGCAAAAAGAGUCUGUGCGUAGUCUGUGGGAUAAGGAGUGGAUACCCACGAUCGCUGGAAAGCAGGCUGGAUUUCACGCGUUGACCCAGCUCUACCAGAGCUAUGUGUGUCGUGCCAGUAAGAGGAUAGGCGAGGAGAUCGCUCGCCUACGCAAUGCCGUGGAUCUUUUCAAGGCGGCCCAAUCUCGGGGUGGGAACGAAACCUAUCUGGAUGAUUACUUUAGCCGAGCCAAGCGCAACCUGGCCGAGUCCAUUAAGGAUAACGAGUUCAUCUACAACGAGAUGAUCCCCGAGCUCAGCACUCUGGCCUCGCCAGGCAAGGCCCAGUUGGCCAAGCCUCUUCCCAUUGCUGCGCCCUUAGCUGCUAACUUUAAGGACAUUUUCACCAGCUUGGUGCCUGUUGAACUGCAUCGGGCUCUUACCGCCUCCGACAUGCGUCGCAACGAGAUUGUAAAUGUUGAGAUUAUGAAGCUACGUGAGUCCACUCAAACACUGAAUGCCGUCCUGGCUAGCUUGAAUCUCCCAGCUGCCGUGGAAACUGCCGAUGGUAAUAGCGGCCUGCCACCUUCCCUGCAGGACAAGGCCAACGAAGUGCGUCAAAAGGGCGGCAUCGAGUCCGUUCAGACUCUGUUGAAGGACCUACCAGAGCUUCUCAAUCGCAACCGUGAGAUUCUUGACGAAACAGAGCGACUUCUUGAUGAAGAGCGCGACUCGGACAACCAACUGCGAACGCAGUUUAAGGAGCGUUGGACCCGCAUCGGCUCCGAUAAGCUAACCGAGAUGUUCCGCACUAACGCCAAGAAGUACCGGGAAGUGAUUAACAAUGCUAUUGAGGCCGAUAAGGUUGUGCGCCAGAAGUUCGAAACCAAUCAGAAGGGCAUCCAACUAUUGUCCCUGCCUCCCGAUCAAAUCCAGCAAUCACUUCCCUCGUCCAGUGGCAGUGUGGACCCCAACUGUUCCAGCGUGCAGCGCCUAAAAAAACUUAUGGAGGACGUCGAGACCAUCAAGGCAGAGCGCGAAGCCGUCGAAUCGGAGCUAAAGGCCGCCACGUUCGACAUGAAGGAUGAGUUUCUGCUGGCCUUGCAGAAGGAUGGUGCUAUCGAUGAGCCGGCCCUGUCGCUGGCCCGUAUCGGACAGGUUCUAAAUCCUUUGCAGCAGCAGGUCCGCGAGAGCGUUGAGCGCCAAAAGUCAUUGGUUUCGGAUAUUCAGAGUGCUCAUGGCGCCUUUAUCUCUGAAACCGGAAACUGCGGCAGUUCAAGGGAUACCUUGUACCAAGAACUCGCUACCGCCUACGAUAGCUACGUGGAGCUACUUGGAAACUUGCAAGAGGGUACAAAAUUCUACAACGACCUCACUCAGCUGCUGGUCGUUUUCCAGAACAAGAUCAGCGACUUUGUGUUCGCCCGAAAGACCGAGAAGGAAGAGCUGCUUAAGGACUUGACCACUGAGUCCAGUCGCCAGGCCUGUCCGGCCACUCCGGCCCUGCCCUCUCAUUACGCUUCUACUUCCGGCAGCGGAAGUGAUAUUCCAGCUGGAUCCGCACCGAAUGUGCCGCCAGUUACACCUGCAAUGACCGCUCCAUAUCCGGCUCAAAUGCAAGGCAUGCCAGUUCCUUACGGAGCCCAGCCAAACGUUCCGUAUCCAACAUAUGUGCCGCCGCCCAUGCCUCAGAGCUUCAAUCCGUACGCCACCUUGCCGUAUCCGGGCAAUUACCAGUAUACUGGUUUCCCACAAGGACCUCCGCCCGGUCACUACGGCACUUAUCCCGGUAGUUACGCCACCCAGCAAGGUGGUUACCCAAACCAGAAGCCCCCAGGAUGGUAAAUAACCCCACAAAUACACAAGCUUAUGUCCACAUUAACACAGGAUGGAACGCAUGGCAGAGCCUUGGAUGAGUGGUUGGGAGAGAAACGAGAUUGGAUGGACGGUAUUAGGCAUUUAAUGCUCCGCAUUCUGAUUCUUAUUCUGUUUAAAAAUUGUAUCAUACAUGUUGAAGGCUUUUUGGAUUUUAAUCUCACAUAUGCAACAAUAUUAUCACGUAUCACAGUAAACGUUUGUCUUAGACUUAUUAAAAAAUA